GCGCAGUUUGAGCGAAGAAGACGUGGGCGAAGAAGGAGGACCGUCGCCAAGUAAAUAAACGACAAACAUUACCAGUUAAAACGAAUUAGAUCAACAUUUCGUGUAACCCGCGGCCAAGCUGAAGUACAUGCUCCAAUUUCAGAGGCUAACUCUCCAGCUAGCCUCGCGGUGAGCCUCCGGAAUUUUAGCUAGCCUAUAGCCUAGCUUCUCCUUACUGACGCAACCCUAGCGACAAAUAAGAACUACGACAAGAAAGAGGGAAAGGAGGAACAAACAUGUCGGACGACUGCGAGUUCAGUGAAGACGUGGGCAUCAUGAGGAUGGAGGAGGACGGGGAGGCUUACACCGACGACCCCAUGACGGCCGCGGCGGCCGUCGACAGCGGCCUGGCUGAGGGCGAGGCCGACGGGGCGAGGAUCGACGCCAGUAAAAAUGAAGAGGAUGAAGGGAAGGUGUUUGUCGGCGGCCUCAGCUGGGACACGACCAAGAAGGACCUGAAAGACUACUUCUCCAAGUUUGGGGAAGUUAUCGAUUGCACUCUGAAACUGGACCCCAUGACGGGCCGUUCCAGGGGAUUCGGCUUUGUCCUCUUCAAGGAGGCCGCAAGUGUUGACAAGGUCACUGCGCAGAAGGAGCAUAAACUCAACGGGAAGGUCAUUGACCCCAAAAAAGCCAAGGCCAUGAAGAGCAAGGAGCCGGUCAAGAAGAUCUUUGUGGGCGGCCUCUCUCCAGACACUCCCGAGGAAAAAGUUCGAGAGUACUUCGCCACCUUUGGAGAGGUGGAGGCCGUCGAGCUUCCCAUGGAGAGCAAAACCAACAAAAGGAGAGGCUUCUGCUUCAUAACGUUCAAGGAGGAGGAACCGGUUAAGACCAUCAUGGAGAAGAAGUACCACAACAUUGGGCUGAGCAAGGUAAUGCCUUUCUCCAUAAGUCGCCGUCACCCGCGGCGGGACGCGUGUCUGGACAAAAAAAAAAAAGAUAUGUGGGGACUGUGUGGUGUGCAGUGUGAAGUGAAGGUGGCCAUGUCCAAGGAGCAGUACCAGCAGCAGCAGUACUGGGGAGGCAGAGGAGGUUACUCGCCCAGGUCUCGAGGCAGGGGAGGCGGUGCCGGUCCCAACUGGAACCAGGGUUACGGCAACUACUGGAAUCACGGCUACAGCAACUACGGCUACGGCAAUCAAGGCUACGGCGGAUACGGCAGCUACGAUUACUCUGGUUACGGCAACUAUUACGGAUACGGUGGCGACAGUAAUGAGCCGGUCGGCUACGGCAAGUCCCCGCGGCGCCCCGUUCACAGCAACAGUUACCGACCGUACUAAAGCGCUCGGGGUCCCCUCAAAGGACACAAGUAGGUAUGUCCGCUCCAACACGCCCGCACUUCCCGUAAGACGUAAAAAGUAGUCCUGUUGAUUAAACUGUUUGAUAAUAUUAUGUUGUCAUUGAUAUUUUCCUUUUGGUAACGUAGAGGCUACACGGGGGCGAUUAUUUUAACACCUGCAGCCUCCUUUGCACCUUGUUUGUUUUGGUCUCUUCUUUUUUUAACUGUAACGUUAACAGGUAAACCACUACUACUACUACUACUACUACUACUACUACUACUGCAGUAAUGGAUGUACAGUUCACGGAAAAGCGAAAGAAAAAAAAAAGAGGAAGUAUGAUGUCUUUCCUAACUCUGACAUACCUUGUUUGUACCUGCCAGCGGAGCUUCCUUGCAGGCCAUGAGCUGACUCCAGAUACUCUCAGGGCCCGCUCAAUGCGGACCGGGUACGAGACGCAUACGCUCUCGCUUGCUGCCGUUUGGUAUGGUCUCACAACAUCCUGUAUAUCAACUCAAAAUGAAAACAGCAACAAAACCAAAAAAAAAAAAUGGGAUACGAUGUUGCCAUUUUUUUCCUCCAAUUUUGCUUCAUCUCGUUUUUGAGUUGUUUGAGAAAGAUGUACAGUGGUGCCUCGAGAUACGAGUGACGGCGCAGAUGAUUGGCCCAUUUUCCGGUUAUUUAAAAAAAAAAAAAAACAUUUUUGAGCUGUUUAUUGCCACUCCCAGAUGACGUUGAUUUCCAAACAAAACAUAAAAGAGAACCACAUACAUUCAGCUUUGGCGAACUAGUAUGUUUAGCUUCAUGCUAACAGUCUAAAAUACCCCCGUCAAGCGAACGACCUGCAUGUGUGGUGGUGACAUCAUCUUUCAACCAAUGGAGAGUUGACCACAGUGCUGGAGCAACACAUGUAGACAGAUAAUAUAACGACACGAUACUGCUAUUUGUACUUUAUCCUUUGUUAAGAAUGACGCCUAUUCUUGCUGCUUACUGAGGAGUGACCAUGUCGAGGUAUCCCUUGGACGCACGCCACUUAUUUAUUCAGGGCGGAUAGGGACCGGGUCGGCCUUUGAAAAGCAAAAAUCCACUAUUCAUUGGCACCUAUUAUAAAGGCUUUGGGGUGGG